UGUCCGAUGUGAUAGUAAUUUGAUUACAUCGGUGUUAUUAAUUCCAAAUAAGCUUAAAUUCUGUUACAGAUUAUUUUAUUAACAUUUUACGAGACAUUACAUUUUAUCGUUCGAAAAGGUAGAGUACCGGGUAAAAUCUACAAUAAUCUUUUUCAGAGAGAAAUAUAACUACAAACCGAGAAAGAAUUUUUAAUGGUAAAAAAAUGGAACAAAUAACAGUUAUUUAGAAAAUAACAUUCGUCGAUUAUUCGUUUCUAAUUUUAAUGUUAGUUCAGUUUGAACACCUGAUUUUGCACACCUACAUAAAUAUAUUAUUAUACAAAUUCUAUGAUGCCGUUUACACAAUCAUCCUUUGUUUAUAUUUUUUUAAUUUAGUUUUCAUUCGAAAUUGCUGUCAUGUGAAUAAAAUAAAGAGAAUUCAGAAUCAACAAAUAGAUUUGACCAAAUGCUGGCAAACAACAAAAACAGGAACCUGGCACCAGGACUGUAUACAUAAAGAAUAUACAAUAUGAAACAAUUGGCAGCAUGGUACCAAAAAAAAAUAAGCUCCUACGACAAAGAAGAAUGGGAGACCAUGGUAGAACAGCUAUUGAUGCGAGGCACAUACCGCCGACGUAUCGUAGACUUUUCAUCGCACGCGCGUUCGUAUCUCAUAGACGUUGAUUUAGUAAGAGGAUCAUCGUUCCCGAAAGCGAAGCCCACCCUGGGAAUGCGCCGGGUUGUUUGGUUCGCUCUAGUCAGACUAGUGUUCCUACCAGCACUGUUCCAAUGGUGGGCCCAGCAGACGUCACCAGCUUGUGCCAAAUUCCUAUUAACACUAUGGCUCUUACAAGUACUGAAUAUAUCUCUUUACUUCAUGUCACCAGAUAACUUGGAUGUUGACCCAAAUUGCUGGUUGGUGCCAUUAGGCUUAAUGCUGGUGCUGAGUAUGGUGCAUUCACAAAUAGUUAGUACAACAGAAAUGGAAAUUGCUAGAGUACGUCCCCGUUCCACUUAUCGACGGAAACUGCCUCGAUAUUUCAGACGACCACGGUCAGAAUGUGACGGCGGCAGUGCGGGUGGUUCCGCCGAAAGUGGUGCUACAUCUAGCCAAAGUAAGACUCCUACCACAAAACCCUCCAAAUUCAGGCGCCGACAGUCCAGAAGUGAACUAGGUGACAAUGGACUCAGAAAACGCAAGAAAGAACUGCCAAAGGAAAAUGUUAGCACGCCUCUUGAACCGACCGCGAAAAAUAAAGCGAUAGUCAAACUUAAAGCCAAAGAUUCGGACGACGAAGACUAUAUGGCUUGGAAGAAACCGGAUAUAAACACUCCCAUAGUAACGUUCACCCCACCGCCGGACGAUGCUACACCUAGUUCCUCCUUUAGAUAUAAGUCUAAUAUAUUGACUAAAAAGCAUUUAGAAUCUUUUAAUGUAAGACAAAAUCAGCAUAGGGCGUUAUUCGCUGACGGUGACGACGGCUUCGAAAGCCUCAACGGUUACAACUCGAACGGGAGCGACGGAGACAACAGGGUAAAAAUCUUACAGGCCAGACUUUCUGGUAAUAAAAUAGUUAGUAACGAAAGGAAUGAGGUGACAGCAAAAGAUGAUUCGGCCAAUGACGUUGACAAAACACCGAUUGACAAAGUUGAAGAGAACUCCACAACAACCGCCAAAGCAAACGUUUUAAAGACAGAGGACGAUGAGAAAUCGAACGAACCAGACUCUGAUGUUAAUGUCACUGACAGUCCUAAUAGAGGAAAGCGAAUCGGUGUACGUUUCAGAAGCUCUUGGAUACUAGAGAACGUGCGAGACGAAUCAAGUGACGAUGAUUUUGCUAACGUUAAGAAUAAGCAAAAGAAAAUUGAAACUUUCCAAACGUCGUCAUCCGAUGGAGAAUGUUCUGCUUCUGCGCCAUCGAUCGCUCUGCCAUCCCACCACACUAUGUCUGACUGGGUUGGCCAAACUACUAACAGUGAGGAGAGUAGUUACUGUUCGCAAUCCGAAGGGGGUAAUUCUGACGUGGGCUUCCAUUACGCCGCGGAUAGCUCCUGGGAUCCGUUCGCCUUACUAGACCCUACAAGCGAUACAGUGAAAUGCACAAUGUGGGAGCGAGGUUCAACGCUACGGGCUGAGCUGUCGGCCGUCGACAUUAGUUGGUACGUGGUGGCGCGCGCCGAGCGAGCCAUGGCCGCCGAAGGCUGCGUCUGGGCAGGUCUGGCCAUGGCCACCAUCGUCGCGUUACUCACGCCCGCAAUACGACUCACGCAGUUGGCCAUAGAUCAAGACACGAGAACAGAAGAAGAGACGCAGUCAAUGACAAUUUUCUUGUACAUAAUAUCUGUCGUCGUCAACUACAGCAAGGGCUCUGUUUUAUAUAUACUCUACGGAGCGUUCGGAGAUAAUGCUUGGGAAUUGAUGACGAAUAUAAUAUCAUGCAUCCUGCGUUUCGCUCUAAGCGGCCUCAUGUUCUUCCUACUGGCCGUUGCAGAACGUGCCUACAAACAGAGGUUUCUAUACGCGAAACUGUUCUCACAUCUGACGUCGGCGAGACGAGCCCGCAAAUCGGAGCUGCCACACUUCAGACUCAACACGGUCAGAAACAUCAAGACUUGGCUUUCGACUCGUUCUUAUUUGCGGCGCCGUGGCCCUCAACGUUCUGUAGACGUCAUAGUAUCCGCUGCCUUCAUGCUCACAUUGAUUUUGCUUGCAUGCGUCAGCGCUCACCUAUUGAGGGAUUCGGUGACGUUAGAAGAAGGAUGGCUGUUCGAAGCGAUGGUUUGGAUUUGCUGUCUCGGGAUAUACUUGUUGCGUCUGAUCACAUUGGGCAGUAACGUCAACAAAAAGUACCGAGGCUGUCUGUCGGCCAUUCUCACAGAGCAGAUCAACUUGCAUCUAGCCAUAGAACAGCGACCGGAGAGCAAAGACCAAUUAACUGUGGCCAAUAACGUGCUCAAAUUAGCCGCCGAUCUGCUGAAGGAACUAGACGCGCCUUUCAAGAUAUCCGGUAUUUGUGCUAAUCAUUAUUUGUACACCGUAUCGAAAGUUGUUAUAUUGUCCGCCCUGUCGGGUGUUCUAUCCGAGAUGCUGGGUUUCAAAUUGAAAUUACACAAAAUCAAAAUCAAAUAGACGCUUAGAAUAGAUCUCUUUUGUAACUUACAAAUAUGUAUGUUUAUUACUUACGUUCGUAAAAUAAGUUAUCUUAUUUUGUUGCCAUACGUAAAAAAUAAUACGCCAGACCAUAUUAUUUUUAUAAUUCAUAAUAAUAAUUAUGAGAGGACAGACUUAUGUUAAAUGAGCGUUUACGAAAUUAAAUAAGGCAUUAAGAAGUCAAUAUAGAGUAACUAAAAUAGCAAGUCGAACUAGAAACUAACCAUUUGUUUUUAUCGCGAUGACCUUGGUCUAUUGUUACGCAAAACUAAUAAAAUUGAUACAUUGUCAUCGUUUCUUGAUAACGAGUAAAGAUUUCUAUGUUAAUAGCCCGUCUAUAAGUAGUUGAAAAUUAUCUUUAUAAGGAAUUCUUUGUUCAUACAAAGAAAAGAAAAGACUUAGAAAUAUUUUUUUUUUUUAGUUAUACUACUAUUCUAUAUUAAAUUUCAAAAUAAAAGGUAAUAUCAGGUCCGUAUUUCGAAUUACAGACCCGCGUCCUAGAGUGACUAUGUAGAGAUUGUAGUAUCUUUAUGAAUAAGGUGCAAUAUAAAUAUUUGUAUCGCCUUAAAACACGUGUGGAUUCAAUGGUAUCUGAUUAUUUUUUUAUUUGGCCAAAAUUAAAUAAACUUGAACAGUACUUUUUAUAUCCUAAAAUAUUUUAUGUGCAGUGGUGUAAUAAAACAUAAAAUGGUUCCUUAGCUUAAUCUAUUUGACGGCACCGCUAAAAAUUGAAAUUGUAAAAUUUUUGAUUUUUCAAUCAUACAAAAAGUGUGUCCAUCUUUAACAUUUUUACAACAAUUAGUAAUGUGCGAAUUGCGGUUUAAUAAAUAAUAAAUGAUACCUAUGAAAUAUAAAUUGAAAGUGCAGAAUAGCGCAGAUUUUUUUACAUGGCCAUUCGUUAAAUUAGGACUUAAAAUCAUUGCAGUGUAUAAAAUAGAUUAGGCUACUUAAUAAUGUAAGUGAUCAAAUCAAAGUAUUGCCAUUUUAAAUUUUUUCUGAUGAAUCUAUUAAGUUGAUCUCAUGAAAAGUGAUACAAAUAUAGAAUAGAAUUUUAAAACUAUUGCAUAGUGAGUGCAUAAUACUAUUAUUAUAUUUCAUGAAUUUAAAUAAUGAAA